GAGUGAGAGCGAGAGAUGCAGGAUGCUGAUGAUGUUGCCGCAGCACUGAUGAUGCUCCGGAGGGAGAAUGCUGAAAGACACACUAAACUCACUCGCAUCCGUCUCGUUGCAGACUGCUUUUGAAGGAAGUUUAUAAGCGUGGCUAUUUUCAGUGUGUGAAUGCGCGACUGCUGCUGCUCUGCGUUCACUGCUGUUUCUGUGGGAAUCGUGGGGAUGUGAGUGAAGGAUUAUGACACAGCCGCUCGUGGAAUAACAGCAGAACGUGGACGCGAGGGACAGAAUGGCAAGUUUCGGGAAACUUACGGAUUACUUUAACCGUCGGCGUUCCAGGGAUGAGCUCAUGGCUCGGAGGGACGGCCGUCGCAGCGGCAGUUACUGCUGCACGGUAGCCGAGGCCAGGUCUUUGGAGCGACGGCUACAAAGGCCUCUCUUGGCCAAAUCCAGGACGUUACCUAGCAUCCCUCAGUCCCCAGCUGCCGUCCGUGUGCAGCAGUCGGAGAACGUUUGUGAACGCAAACAGCGCCCGCGUGCUCCCUCCAGCCCUGGUGGUCUUGAAGCAUGUACGCUGCCUCCUGCAGGCGAGAUGUGGCAGCUGGAAGAUGAAAACGAGGCAGACGUGGCUCCGGGUGCCGGGGACCCGCGGCCGCGCUCUCAGUCGCCGUUCUCACAUUUCCGGCGGCGGGCGGCGUAUCUGAGGAAAAGCAUCUCGGCUGAUGAUCACCUGGGAGAGGCGGAGUUUGAACCCGCCCAGCCAGAGGGGAGGAGCUUCGCAGAUCCCAAAGUCAAACUGAAGAGGAAGUUUAGUCUGGGCUCCAUCGACAGGAAGGGAACGCGGCAGAGAAGGACUGAGUCUGGGAUCGUGAAGUUCACCCAGAGACUCUCUUUGAAGGACAAACACUGCAAGGAGGACAGGAGUCUGUCGUCCAGACCUCCCGCCUACAGGAGGCGCUCUCUCAGCGUAGACUGGGCUGAAUCCAAAAUGACUCAACAGGUUCCCGACCCCCAUCCUCUGAUUCCACGCAAAUACACCAGCACGUCAUGUUCGUCUCCGCCGAGCGCCGCGCGACGCCUCUACAGAAACCUGUCUGGAAAGUUCCGUAUGGCCAACUUGGCUCUGGAUGAUGUGGCGCUCCCGAGCCAGACGGACAAGGACCAUUCGUACAAAACCACCAUGUUCCAGGGAAACGAGGCUCUGUUUGAAGCCGUGGAGCAUCAGGAGCUGGACGUUGUGGAGUCUCUGUUGAACACGUUCAGUCUGGAGGAGCUAGACUUAAACACCCCCAACAGUGAAGGGCUGCUGCCCGACAUCGCCAUCAUGACCAACAACGUCCCCAUGGCCAAACUUCUGCUGAGAGCCGGGGCCAAAGAGAGUCCCCACUUUUUAAGUCUUGAAGGCAGAGCUGCUCACCUGGCCUCGCUGGUGCAAGAGGCGGAGCAUCGCAUAGCAGAGCUGGUUGCCCAGGUGACGGGGGAGGAGCCUGGGGAGAGGGAGGAGUCAAACAGAGAGAGACAGCUGAAAACCUGGGAAUGGAAGCUCCGCCUCUACAAGCGCAUGCAGACGGGAUACACACACGCCAGUCCUCCUGAGCCGCCCAGCAUCGUUCAUCUGUCCGUCAGCAGUAGCACCAGUCUCAGAGUUUACUUCCAAGAGCCUCUCUGUCACAACUCUGCUGUUAUUACCAAAUACCGCGUGAGCUGGAGCAGCGUUCCUUCAUUUACUCCAUUACUGGGUGAGACGGUCAUUGAAGACGUGACUCAGCUCCAGUAUGACAUCACUGGACUUCCAGCGGGCACGUGCUGUUAUGUCCAGGUAUCAGCAUAUAACAUGAAGGGAUGGAGUUCACCUCAGAUAUCUGAACCUGCUUGUGCUAUAGUCUCAAGUUGGAGGGAGGUGGAUGGUCUUCUGCCCCGCCAGCAGGGUCUGAAAGAGGCGUUAGAGCAGCUCCUAGGGCAAAUUAAAGGAGCGCACCGUCACUGCACCUGCCACGAACAAUGCAAAGCCCCGUCGAACACCAGGAAACACUCUGUGUCUAAAAGUCUGAGGCAUCUCUUCCAGCCCACCAGCAAAUUUGUCAAAAAUCUGAAAAGAGGCCUUUAUCUGGCCUGUAUAUUGUAUAAAGAUGAAAAUGUUCUGGUGACUCCAGAGGAUCAGCUGCCUGUCGUCGAGGUGGAUGACUCAUACAGCUGUCACGCUCAGGAUUUACUCUGGUUCACAAAGGUGUCACAUCUGUGGGAGGAGCUCACCUGGAUGCAGCAGUGCAUCAGUCCUGCACACGCCUCCAGUUCCUGCACGCUUCAGACGCGCCUCAAACUGCUGCAGGCGGCUGCGCAGCUGCAGGCGCUCCUCGGCACAGUGGAUCUGGGGCAGGUGUAUUUUGAGCCCGUCAAGGACAAGCACGGUAACGCGGUGUUGGUGCUGAUGAAGGACAUGAGCGCAUGCGCGCCGCUGGAAGGCGUACGCUGGAUUCCCGUCAGUAAAUUCCAGCUGCAGCGCAGGUCUUCCUCGUCUUCAUCAGAAGAGCCCAGCGCACUGGAGACACUUCUCACCACACUGCAUGAGAAGCUGGCGUAUCACCGGCGCAGCAGGAAGUGUCUGUCUCCGGGCCUGUAUCUGGGAUACCUGAAGCUCUACACCUCAGUAGAUCAGAUCAGGAUGCUGGUGUCACACAAACACCCAAACGUGCUGUGCCACGUCAAAAUACGAGACAACGGCCACGUCUCCAGGGAAGAAUUGCAGUGGCUUCAGUCGCUGAGUUCGUUGGAGGACAGCGCAAAGGUUUGUGACGAUGUCCAGAGUGCUCCACAUCGCCUCCUACUGGACCUGCGGACCGCUGCUAAAGAUUUACUCGCCUACAUCAACAUUCCCAACCACCAGGCGCAGGAUUUCCGUGUGUAUGUGAAGGAGGUGGUUGAGUUGGGAGGGGGCGUGUCCUUCCUGUUGCUCCUCCCACCGUGUGAGGAGGUGUGUUCACCGCCUGGACAGAACCAUCUCUGCUCGCCGCGCUCGGGAUUCCUCACCCUGCCGUUGCAGAUCUUUGAGUUAGUUCAUUUCGAGGCGUACUGCCCGAGUUUCAUCGUCCUGUACUGCCGCGUUUCGGCCCUGCUGGCUCUGGAGUCCCUGAUGUCCCAGCAGACUUUGCGCGAGGCAUUUUCCGAGUCUGAGCUCUUCACUGCCAAGCAGAAACAUCAGCAGGUGGAGGAGUAUUUGCAGCAUCUGGAGGACCUGUGGCGUGAUGCGCGGUGGAUGGUGGUCCUCCAGUCGGCCCGGUAUAAGCAUCAGAGCUCUGGAGUGAGUCUGGGCUGGAUUAUAGACUUCUCCAAAGAGAGUAUUCCAGAGAAACCAGCUUCCACUUCCUCUCAGAUGGACUACCUGCCCUCACCGACCCCGUCACCAGAGAGCACACGUAAACACAACGAUUCCCACGGUCUGUCGGAUGAGGAUAACUCAUCGGAGGUGUUCCUCACCACUGAUAGUGAGUACAGCUCCAGUGUGGCCCAGAGCACCAGAGAGCUGGACCUGCUCCCGCCGUCGCCUACUAGCUUCAGAUCCGUGGCGUCCACACACCCUUCCUCCUCCUCGCAGUCCUCACCUCGAUCCUCGCAGCCGGACGUGCUGCAGACCGGAGGAGGGGUGACCAGACGCGAGCACAUGAGCGCCUUCGACAACGACUUCAUCCUGCCGAGCCGUCAGAUCGAGCUGCUGCGGGUCACCGAGAAGAGAACGGCGCUCUGCGUCCGCACCAGCAGUCUGGAGUACCCACCUCCUGUCUCCAUGCCAACCACGCCCACCAGCUCCUCCAAUCAGAAGUGCUGGACACGCCCCUCCUCCUUCGAUCUCUGCUUCUCUGCUCCCGAGCCCCGCCCCGCGCCGGUGCGCACCCUAUCAGAGGACAGCGGCGUCCAGCGACUCUCCGCCCACUCCGCCGGCUCCCCUCACCGGCCGUGCCACAGCACACUGAGAGUUUACCCGCAAUACCGCACCGGCUUACCCAAAGACACCAGUGUCAAAUUACGCGUGACUCCAGAGACGUCAGCCAAAGAGAUGGUUCGUCUGGUGGUCCAGGAGAUCAACGCAGUGUGCCAUCACCUGCAGAAAGCAGCACAGCAGUGCACCUGUGCCCCGGGUCAGUGUGGAUACCCGUCCUGCGCGUCUGAGGUGUGUGUGUACGGCAGCGAGCAGCUCGAGCACUUCGGCCUGGUUCUGCUGGUGGAGGGGAGAGAGAAAUGGCUACAGGACGAUUUCUGCCCGCUCACGCUACAAAACCCGUGGACUCGCGGCAAACUCUGCGUACGCUUCAAAGAGUAUUCACCACUCGCGCUGCAGUACAGCAGAGCCACGACUGUUUGAUUGCGCAAACCUGUAAAUACACACACACACACACUGGCUGAAGUGCAUAGACUACUGGUGUUUUGCUACUUGUUUGUUUCCUUUUUGAAUCACUUCACGAGGUCUUAAGGUUCAUGAGUAGCUAAGCAGCUUCAUGUGCUGAUCACUCACUAAUAAGAGUUAAAGUCAACAUGAAAUCAAAACCUGUGUAUAGUUCAUCAGUGCACAUUAUUUUUUUAAAGAUUUUCAUAAUCCACCCACUGCUUUAUAUACACAAUACUAUAUAUAAUGCAUAAAAUUGAUCAAAAUGACAGUAAAUAUAAAAAAUAACUAUUAUUUAUUUUAAAUAAAUGCUGUUUUUUUUACUUUCUAUUCAUCAAAGAAUCCUGAAAAUAAAAUGUAGCAUGGUUUCUACAAAACAAUUAGAAGCAGAAACUGUUUUCAACAUUGAUAAUAAUCUGAAAUGUUUCUUGAGCAGCAAAUCAGCAUAUUAGAAUAAUUUCUGAAAGAUCAUGUGACACUGAAGACUGGAGGAAUGAUGCUGAAAAUACAGCUUUGAUCACAGAAAUAAAUUACAUUUUACAAUAGAUUACACUACCAUUAUUUUAAAUGGUAAUAAUAAUAUUUAACAAUAUUACUAUUAAAAUUUACUGUAGUUUUGAUAAAAUAAAUGCAUCCUUGGUGAGCUGUUUCAGGAAAACAGCAAGCAACACAUUGAAUUAAACAUAAAAGUAAGAAAGAAAUGGUAUAUCCUUGUAGAAUACACUCCAAUAAUCUUACUUUGAAACUUCAAAAAAAUCAUUUUUUUGCAGUGUACUAAUGUUUUUCUCUACGAAAUAAGAAACUUCUUUAGGAAAUUCAUCAAACUACUGAGGUACAUUUGGCAUUUCAUGUUGAUUUGAACUCUUUACGUGGAUAACGUCAGCAUUAUCACAUAACACUACAGUUUGACUUACAUUUGAUUUAGUGCCACUUGAAGCAGAAGGUGUAAGUUCAGUCUGGACAGAAGCUCUUCCAUACGUAUUCAGAAGUGAAAUGUUUACAGCUCGCCAACGGUGGUUUGAAAUCACCGAACAGACGUUACGUCAUGAUUUUUGGUCAAUGCAUUCUUCCUCAGGAAACGUUAAACCCUUCCACCAAAUUGUACACCCACAGCGCCGGCGGUCAGACUCAUCCAAACUGUGAAUACUCCAUUGGGAUUCUCCCAUGAACAAAAUACACUGAGCGUUUCUAUAAGCGAAGCACUUGAGAACGAGUCUACACUGAAAGCACCACCAGAACUGAAGCUUUAUCCAAAUGAAGAGUGACGAUAAACCUGGUUUUGAUUGUUUGAGGACAGACACGUUGGACUGAACGAACAAUAUGGACCGGAGCCGUAGAGUUUGACAGACUCUUCCUGUUUCUAACUUACAUUUAUGUUGCUAUGAGUAGCAUUUGAGGAGCGGUGACUUUUGUUGUAGUGCGGUUAGUUUAUUCUGGAUAUUGUGUUUACUGUCUCUGUUUGACAACUGAUGGACAUGCACGAGUGCGAAGUAAACGUUUUGGUGCAAUAAUGUUUUACACUGUAGCUCGGAAGCGUAUUUCUCUUCCAGAUGAACGUUGAUUUGUGGAAUCAUGUACAAAUACACAGUCGAGCUGA